AGUUCGCCUUGGGCCUUGCCACAGUUAACCAAACGAUCCCGAAACCGUAGCAUUCAAGUGGAGCCGCCAGUUAAUCGUCGACGGAUUAGCACUAAGCCCUCGAUUUUUGUGGGCAGGUGCAAACCCAAUUAAACGGUGAACUGCAGUUUUCACGUCAAUAGCAGUCGCGAAAACCAACAUAAUUCGCAGCAAUUUGCUCACCUCAGCGUGGAAUUCGCGAUUGCGCACUCCAAAUUGGUGGAUUGUAAAAAUACGGUGUUUGAGUAUCGCGAGGGAAUAUUCCUCCGCUGAUCCCCCCUUCACCAAAUCCAUUGGCAAUAAAAGUGAAAGAACUACAUUGUAUUCGCAAACAAACUGUUGAUCAAUCGUCUGGAGAAAGGAUAUUCGCUUCAAGCUAUCAUGAUAAGGGCACGAGAUCUUCUGCUCUUGGCCCUCUUGGGAUUCAUCUCUAGUGCACUUGGCCUAAAAGUUUCCUCUGGCUAUCACAUAGUCCACAAUCAACCGCAAUCUUCUUUUCCCAACUAUCAUGGCUUUAGUUACCUACAAGGAUCAGCUCCAUAUGUGAUUGGGAACAGCCUGCCGACAUCUCCGGCUCCCCAAAAUCCGUUUUCAUCGCCUGCCAGUCCGCCGGUAUCAGCUUAUGGUUACAGCUUUCCCACUGCUGGCAGGGUGUCAUGUGCUGCUCCUCCGGCAGUUUGCGAAAAAACGGCCUAUCGCACUUUGGAUGGAUCCUGCAAUCAUUUGGAGCAACCGGGCUUAGGAGUGGCUAAUUCCAAGUAUGGUCGCUUGCUGACUCCUAAAUAUGCCGACGGUAUUUCGGCACCCACCAGAUCCGUGACAGGUGAUGAGCUGCCCAGUGCUCGUCUUGUUUCCCUGGUGGCUUUCGGAGAACAGGAUGUACCCGAUCCGGAGUUCACGCUGCACAACAUGCAGUGGGGCCAGAUCAUGACCCACGAUAUGAGCAUGCAGGCCGGUGGCACUCAGUCCAAAAAGCAUCCCACACGUUGUUGCACCGACGAUGGUCGCCUGAUUGGCCUGGACACCGCCCACAAGACCUGUUUCGCCAUUAUUGUGCCACCUCACGAUCCGGCUUACUCCCAAGUGGGCACUGAGUGCCUCAACUUUGUGCGCACUCUGACGGAUCGGGACUCGAACUGUCAGUACCAGGGUGGACCGGCAGAGCAGUUGACGGUGGUCACUUCGUACUUGGAUCUCUCGCUGGUAUAUGGCAACUCCAUUCAACAGAACAGCGAUAUCCGUGAGUUCCAAGGAGGCCGGAUGAUUGUGGAGGAGCGUAACGGAGCCAAGUGGCUGCCACUCUCUCGAAAUGUGACCGGCGAUUGUGAUGCCGUUGAUGCCAGUGAGGUGUGCUACCGUUCCGGAGACGUGAGGGUCAAUCAGAAUCCGGGACUGGCCAUUCUCCAGACGAUCCUGCUGCGCGAACACAAUCGCAUUGCGGACGCCCUGUCGGCACUGAAUCCACACUACGAUGAUCGCACGUUGUUCCAGGAGGCGCGAAAGAUCAACAUUGCCCAGUAUCAGCAGAUCAGUUACUACGAAUGGCUGCCCAUCUUCUUGGGUGGCGAGAACAUGCUGAAGAACCGGCUGAUCUACAAGGCUCCAUCCGGAAGCUAUAUCAACGAUUUCGAUCCCAACAUUGAUCCAUCGGUGCUGAAUGAGCACGCGACGGCCGCUUUCAGAUACUUCCAUUCCCAGAUUGAAGGUCGUUUGGAUCUACUGUCCGAGCUGCGUCAAGUUCUCGGCUCUCUGACCCUCAGCGACUGGUUCAAUCGUCCCGGUAUUAUUGAGGUUGGAGAUAACUUUGAUUCCCUGACCAGAGGACACGCCACGCAGCCCGAAGAGCUAACUGAUAUCAAUUUUGACCGACAGAUCAAGCACUUCCUGUUCAGAAGAAACAUGCCCUUCGGUUCCGAUCUGCGUUCCCUGGACAUUCAGCGUAAUCGCGAUCACGGUCUGGCUUCCUACAAUGACAUGCGGGAAUUCUGCGGACUGAGACGUGCCCACUCGUGGGAGGGAUACGGUGAUCUAAUAAGUCCACCAAUUCUGGAAAAACUUAAGUCGCUAUACCCGAGCCACGAAGACGUGGAUCUGACUGUGGGCGCCUCCUUGGAGGCGCAUGUGGCCGGAGCUUUGGCUGGACCCACCUUCCUGUGUAUCCUCACGGAACAAUUCUACAGAACCAGAGUGGGCGAUCGCUUCUUCUUCGAAAACGGAGACAAGCUCACUGGAUUUACUCCUGAUCAACUGGAGGAGCUGAGGAAGGCCAGUAUGGCUCGUUUGCUGUGCGACAAUGGCAACCACAUUUCAUCCAUGCAGCCCGAAGCUUUCCGGACUGUUUCCCAUUCGAAUCCGAUUAUACCGUGCUCAAAUAUUCCACAAGUCGACCUCACCAAAUGGAUUGAUCAAAAGCUAUAUGCCACUGUAGAUCCGUCUCACUACGGAAAGAAGUAAUCCGCUGCUGUGGGAUCUAUGCUUAACUAGUUGAAUACAAAUACAUUUAGCUUAAUCAAUAACAUAAACGUAAAUGCAAAGCCCCU